AGCCAUGAGACAAACGUACAACCGACGAUGAGUUGAAUCCGUCCGCCAGCCACCUAUAACUAUGGGCAGACUUCGCAUUGCAACAUCAGUUUGUCUCAGGCCUCACUGCUUCGCUAAAACGACCUGCAACGCGCAAGUUGAAGUUUCUCUGAUACUAUGGCGUCUUGCAUAUUUCUUGGAGGGGCCGUCCACCCCAGAUAUGUUGGAUACGGAGAACAGGAGCGUCAGAUCCGGAUGGCUACAUCGGUAAAGAAUGACAUAGGAGAGAUGUUCAAGUUUGCCGCGGGCCAUUCUCAGGUGGUGGUAAACCGACAAGGAAGUUUUUCAUGUCUUAAUUUGCGACAGGUUUAUCGCCACGACAUGAAGGUCAAGUCAAUACUGCUGAACGAAGACAUCAGCAACGAACUUCACCGUCAGGUAUCCAGCACAGUGACAGGCGUGGGUGGUGCACAGAAACCCCUCUUUGAUUCGGCUACCCUUAAACCCUACACAAGCAAGUACUCGGUUCGUCAUGAGAUUCGUUCCUUUCUGCAGAAUGAUUUGAGUAACAACCUAAUUAUUUUCAUGACGGGGCAUGGUGGACAGAGAAUGGGGAAAGAUGGUAAGGUGGUAGAAAGCUUUCUGCUGCCACAGCAAGGAUCGGCUAUUACUGAGAACUAUACUGAUGCUGACCUCACGCAGGACAUUGUGAACGCCCUACCGUCCCACAAGAAGCUCUACAUCGUCAUGCACUGCUGCCACUCCGGUGGUAUGGUCAAUUUCUGGCAGCUGGACACAAACAAGCAGGUCGCACUUUUCGCCAGUGCAGAAGCCGACCUUCUAGCCGAAUGGAGCUCUGAGGGCGACACAAACUUCGUCGGCACGUUCUGCUCAAAGGCCGGCUUAAGGGCCGGAAAGCGAUUGAACGCUAUCGCAGACGAAAUUUAUCAGACCCUCCAUCGCGUUCCCACCAUCCGGCCGGUUUUCAAAACAACUCGUCCAUCUAUGGCAGAAGAAAGUUUCUUGUCCUAGAAUAAAACGUUUGAACAACAGAACAAUACUGUUUUCAACGUGAAUGAUGGAUUUAUGCUAGUUUUGUAAAAGUCUAUUCUCUGUAAGUUAUUUUAAAAGCCUGUACAAUACCUGUACAUUGAUAUGCAAGUUGCCAUAUUCCCAACUAAACUAGAACUUGCACAUGAACUACUAUAGUUUGGGUAUCCACAGAGUAAACAUUGGUUAGUAGCUUAGUGAUUGGAUUAGUUAGUAGCUUAGUGAUUGGAUUAUCAGCCUAUUUCAAAGUUUUUCUUGGUAAGAUCAGCAGAUUCUCCACUGAUUUCAUAUACUCACAUUAGACACCUUAUGCACAACAUCAUGCAUCAUUCUGAUCUCUAUUAUUAUCUGGAUUGAACGUAUUUCUCCGUACCUAACACCAUGCAGUCGAUGACGCUGAUCUGCUUUUUCAAUGGUGAUUUGAACACUGAUUUCCAUGCGGAGCUUGAA